AUGCUAGGUAUCCAACCGCCCGUCGCCCGGCGUAUUCAAGAGCUCAGGGAGGAGGAACUUGUUACUGCCUCACGAGUUCGGUGGAUCAUGGUGUACGCCAAUGCCGUGGCCAAUGCACUAGGCAUCUUCUCACCAGCGGUUCUGCUUGUCCUCUUUGCGACCUGGCAAAGGCUUAUCAACGGCACUGACCUGGAUGCUGAGACAUCAUUCACGACUUUGAUUUUGCUCGGCAGAGUUACCCAUCCCGCUAACGUAGUCAUGACGAUCAUCCCGAGGGCUUUCAUAGCACUUGCCAGCUUCGAGAGACUCCAAGCCUACUUGACGAAACCGGAGCUGGAGGAUCAAAGAAUACAACCCACAGAACGAAUGCCGGUAGCUAAAGCGGCACUGCGCGUCGAUGGAGUCGCGGCCGGUUAUGGAGGUAUUCUUGUUCUCAAUGAACUUCGGCUAGAUUUCCGACCCGGAUCCUUCACCAUCGUGGCUGGUCCGGUGGGUUGUGGUAAGUCCACGAUGCUAAGGGUGCUCCUAGGCGAGCUCGUGCCAUCUCAAGGUUUCGUGACUUGCCAAGAGCGGCAUAUCAGCCAUUGUGCUCAGAGGCCGUGGCUGCCUGGUGGUAGACUUCGCGAUGUUAUCACAGGGUUCAAGUCAGACUUCGACCGGCAGUGGUAUCAAAAAGUAAUCGAAGCGUGCUGUCUAACACGCGACUUUAAAACCCUCGAUCUCCACGAUGAAACACAAGUAGGCAGUCGCGGGAUGAACUUAUCGGGAGGUCAGAAGCAGCGAGUGGCUUUGGCUCGAGCUGUGUUCGCCAAGAACCGAAUCAUUCUUCUUGAUGACACAUUUAGUGCUCUAGACGGGGAGACAGAGCGUCACGUCUUUGCAAAUCUACUUGGUUCAAAUGGCAUUCUUAGACGACAAGGUAUUACAAUCGUUCUCGUGUCGAGCAGUGAUAUGGUUGUUGUUAUGGGCCCCGACGGCUUUGUUAAAGAGCAGGGUCAUUGGUCGCAGAUUCAAAGACAGGUAGCUGCGAUCGACAGAUUUAGAACGCAUAAAGAAACGGGGGAAAACGGCUCAACAGAAGACAGCGAAGCUUUCAAGACAAGGAUCAAAGCUGUUAAAGAAGCGGAGGAACAAUUGGUUAAGCUACAACAUCCUUGGGCCCUCCUAGGACACUACCUCGAGUUUGCCGACCUGGGAAGCUCUAUCACCCUCUUUGCCUGUACUGCACUCUAUUCGCUGUUUAUCACGUUACCGCAGCAUUGGCUUGAGCUCUGGACCAGCUCAUCUGGCGAGCACUUUGCCUUCCACGCUGUUGGUUUGCUCACGAUUGCAUUGGUUGCUUGGACAUCCACGAGUUGUCUCAUGUGCGCACCACUGGCAUUCUUCUCGACAACAGGCACAGGUUCAAUCAUCAACCGCUCUCGAAGCCAAAGCGGGGUUGUAUGCAGCCUUCCUGGAAUCGGUAACGUGAAACUUCAGCAGACGACCUGGCAGAACGCAACAGAAGCUGACCUGGAACAGAUUGACGGACUGGAGACCAUUCGCGCGUUUGGUUGGAGCCCUCAUUCUGCCAAAUCAAAUCAGAGAGCGAUCCAGCUAGCUCAAGAUCCGGAACGGAAAGUCAUGUGUCUGCAGGUCUGGUUCAAUUUUGUUCUUGAUAUGCUGGGCUCUACCAUCGGCGUUAUUGUGAUCAUCGCUGCAAUGUGCCGGUUCGUGGCCAUGACUGGUGGUGAACUUGGUGUGGCGCUCAAUACGCUAUUUAUCACAACGGUCACUCUACAGAGGCUCAUCGAGUCCUGGUCUACGCUUGAAAACUCGCUUGGCGCAAUCUCGAGGUUGAGGAAACUCGAAGACGAGACGUCCUGGAAGGCCGAAGCAGUGCAGGGUGGUGCCCAAGAUGGCCAUGGCAAUUUUAUGGUGAAGGGCCAACUCCAUUUGAGAAAUGUCACUGCUUCAUAUCAAGCAAAUACUCUCGCACUUGAUGGCAUCAAUCUCGCGAUAGAUAGAGGACAGAAGAUUGUCAUCAUUGGCCGGACCGGCAGUGGCAAAAGUUCUCUUCUUUUGGCCUUAUUGCGGAUGCUACCUCUCACCGCGGGUCAUAUCGAGAUCGACGGCGUCGAUAUUACAUCACUGGAUUCAGACUUCCUUCGAAGACACUUCUUUGUGGUUAUUGCACAGGACCCUUUCCUCUUGCCAGAUGAAAGCCUUCGUUUCAACCUCGACGCGGCAGAAGAAGCUCUGGACUCGCAACUUGUCGAGGCCUUGAUCAAGGUUGGCCUCUGGUCCGUCUUGCAAGCGAGUGAAGCGCACCUGGCGGAAACACUAAAAGGUGACAAGACGACGCCUGAUCUCAUCCUGGACAAAAAGCUGUCAAACUUCCCCAGUCUCUCGGCCGGGCAGUCUGAGCUGUUCGCACUCGCAAGGGCUAUCGUCAAAGCAGAACGGCUACGCGAGGUCGGAUCGUACCCGGUCAUAUUGUUGGACGAGGCAACAUCAUCUGUAGACGCGGAGACAGAGGCAGCAGUACAUGCGAUUGUGGAUAGGGAGUUCAGCCAUCGUGGGCAUACGGUUCUCAUCGUCACGCAUAGGGUUGGCCCUCUGGCAGAAUACAUGAGAGCCGGGAGAGAUUUGGUUGUGAAUAUGGCUGAUGGAAAAGCCCAGCAGGCUGACAUGAAUGAAGUAGUUGAGUUGUCCACUUAG